CUGUCGAGGCGGCUUUGCAAGUUCGGUCCGGCCCGCACGGCGUUGAUGCUCAUGGGUCUCGGCUCGGUUUGUCUUUCAGAUAAAGUCGACGAGAUGACGCACGCCCAGAAGGCCUCGCCUGUGGACAUGAAGGUCGCCACCAUUAAGCCCCGCCCAUCCAGCCGCUGCUUUGUGACGCCCACUGAUAUGAAUUCCAUGUAUCACGACCGCCAGGGAGUAGCAGUGGUGCCGCCCACUGUGCCGGGACCCUACCUGGGCCUACCUGAGAAGGGCACCAUGAAGAAGCAGAAGUCCAUAGGCACAUCGGAGGAUGAGAAACAGGGAUUCCUCACGCCUCCCAUGCUGAAGUUCUCCCGCAGCCUCUCCAUGCCCGACACCUCGGAGGACAUCCCGCCUCCCCCGGCCAUCUCGCCGCCCUCGCCGCCCGCCUACAACUCGCCCGCCAGCCCCACGUCCACCAAGACCUACGCCGGCCGACCGAGCUUCGCCCAGAACUCGCCCAACGCGGUGACCACCAUCGGCCAGGCCAAGGACGCCAGCACGCUGCGGCGCGGCUACUACCGCCAGAGCUCGGAGCAGUUCGAGAGCACCCGGCUCCGGGGGCGCACGCCGGUCCCGGAGAACCCCUAUUCCGAGGUGGGCAACAAGACCCUGUACGUGCCGGCCAAGCCGGCCAGGAGGAAGGGGAUGCUGGUGAAGCAGCCCAACGUGGAGGACAGCCCGGAGAAGUCCUGCCGCGUGGCGGCGAGCCCCUCGGGCCCGGCGUCCAUGCCCACCACGCCCGUGGAGAGGACCUGCUCCUCCAUCCCCAUCCCCACCAUCAUCGUCAAGGAGCCCUCCACCAGCAGCAGCGGCAAGAGCAGCCAGGGCAGCAGCAUGGAGAUCGAACCCACCACGCCCGAGCACCCGCCCCUCACGCCCACCGGAGGGCUGCGGCCCGAGGACCCGAUGUCCCUCAACAACCCGUUCGCCGCGGCCAUCGCGGGGGCGGUGCGGGACCGCGAGAAGCGGCUGGAGGCCAGGAAGAGCACGGUGGCCUUCCAGUCCAUCGACAUCGGGGACGACGAGCUGAGCAGCCCCGCGCCGACCCCGCGGCUCCGCCAGUCCAAGUCCAUCGACGAGGGCAUGUUCAGCAGCGACGAGCGCCUCCGGAGGAUAAUGGCGCCCCUCUCGGCGGCGAAGCUCGGCCCCCCCGUCGGCGGAGGCAGCGGCAACAUGACGGACUUCAACACCCCCGAACCCACUGUGGUCCGGGAGCCUCUCAACACCAGGACGGGCCAGUGUCCCAACCUGGACAGUCCAGUUAGCCUCCCGGCCACGUCCCCCAAGAGCCACUACAAGGCCAAUGGCACCUACCUCCACCCGGUCACCGGCAAACCCUUAGACCCCAACUCGCCGCUGGCUCUGGCGCUGGCGGCCCGCGACCGGGCCAUGAAGGAGCAGCAGAACCAUCCCCAGAACCAGUCGCCGAACCCCCCCCAGGGCCAGCAGGGCUCCAAGCACGAGGCCCAGUCGCUGCCCCUGCAGCAGAGCCGCAAGCCGGACCUCAACCAGCCGCUCUUCAUCGACACCAAGCUGCGCUCCGGCAUCGAGACCAGCUUCGCCGCCAUCUCCGCCUCCACCAUGGGCCGGCCGGGCCGCGGCGGCCUCCGCCGGCAGGCGACCGAGCAGAAGUACGAGUCCGACGGGGCCCGGGAGGAACGCAAGCACCCAGCCCUCCAGGAGAGGAAGAGCGCCCCGGCCGAGGCGGGCGAGCCGCCCAAGUCGGCCGGACUGCUGAUGGUCCACACCAGCAACGAGGCAACCGGCAACAAGCCCAGCAACCAGGAGUCGGAGGUCCAGGACAGCAACCGGCCGGCGGAGCUGAAGGACCUCAACCAGCCCGAGCCCCGCGCCCUGUCGGCCCACCCGCCGUCGGCCGCCUCCCGGAGGAGGAGCGUCCCCCUGGGGGAGUCUCUGGACGAGCCGGUGAAGCUGCCCUUCCGCAUCCCGCCGCCACCGCUGGCGUCCGUCGACAUCGACGAGGAGUUUGAGUUCUCGGAGCCCCUCCCGCCGCCGCUGGAGUUCGCCAACAGCAUCGACGUCCCCGACGACCAGGCCAGCGCCAUCGCCGAGAUGCUGCAGCAGCAGCGCCGCAACGGCGGGCUGCCGCUGCCGCCGUACCACCCGCACGUGCCGCCGCCCGCAGCCGCCGCCGACCAGCUCCGCCGGCUGGCCAACAGCCUGCCGCCGCCCUACGGCGACCCCGAGGCGGCGGCGGUGGGAGACUCGGGCAUCGAGGAGCCGGACAGCCGCAGCAGCGGGGACCCCCAGCACACGGAGACCACCAGCACUGUGUCCAGCAUCUCCACGCUGUCCUCGGAAGGCGGCUUCUGCGACAGCGCCCUGGAGGGCCUGUACGCCGCCGGCGCCGCCGACGGCCACGCCUUCCUGGCCGACCGGCCGCCGGUGCCACCCAAGCCCAAAGGCAAGCCGGUCAUCAACCGGACCUCGCUCUACCACGACGCCCUCAUCGAGGAGCCCCCAGAGGCGCCGCCGCCGCCCCCCGAGUCAGCGGAGCCCCCCCGGACGCCGUCCCAGAGGGCGUCCAGGCUGUGGGGCGACCAGGAGCCGCGCAGCCCGCCGGGCACGCCGGAGGCCAAGAGCACGGUGAUCACCGAGCUGAGCUCCAUCCUACAGCACAUGAACCGGCCGGCCAAGCCCGGAGACAGCCUCGACUCCCCCACGGGGACCAGGGGGGGCUUUGGAAGCAGGCCCCACACAGACGACUCAGGACCCCGCGGCGCCGCCUCCACGCCGCCCGGCAGCCUCCCCUCCCAGCCGCUGCCCUGCAGCCCGCCGGACUCGGCCUCCUCCCUGACCCCCUGCUCCUCGCUGCCGCCCUCCGCCUCCCCCACGCUGACCGACGUCUUCGGCCUGCCCACGCCGCCCCUGGGCAGCGGCGGCGGCUACAGCCUGGGCUCCUCGUGCGGCGGCGGCGGCGGCAGCUCGCGCUCGCCCUCGCCGCUCACGCUGAUGCAGGCGGCGGCCGGCCGGCCCUGGGCCUCCAAGCCCGUGGAGCUGUGGAGCAAGCACGACGUGGCCGACUGGCUGGACAGCCUGCACCUGGGCGAGCACCGCGACGCCUUCCUGGACAACGAGAUCGAGGGCGCGCACCUGCCCUCGCUGCAGAAGGAGGACCUGAUCGACCUGGGCGUGACGCGCGUGGGCCACCGCAUGAACAUCGAGAGGGCCCUCAAGCUGCUGCAGGACAGAUAA